GGGCAGUCAAGUGAGUCGCCUACGUGCCCACUGAGUCGUAUUGGCGCGGUGCGGACGAGUGGCGGCUAGCGCGCACCCUUGUUGCGAAUUGCUUCAGCUGCUGAGGCCAAGUUUGGUCAGUUGUCGUGCGCUGAUCGAGGCGACAACAUCCUCCCGAUCCAGCACAGCACUGCAGUUCCGUGGGCCAAGGGCGAUCAGUCGCGGAAAUCGACCUCACUCGUGCCAUAAUCUAAGGUCAUGGAUCAGCUUCUUGACGACGUCCUGGUCCUGGUGAUGACGCGGCUCAGCGUGGAGGACGUCUUCACCUGCCGCCUGGUGUGCAAGAGACUGGCAGCCCUUGCCCUUCACCCGGACGUUUGGCGGAAUCGUGUCUUCAAAAAUCUUCGAAUGGGAAGAGGCAAGUGCUUGCUGUGCCCGGUGCUGCGCCUGGCGCCGAGCCUCCGCACGCUCGCUCUGAGGAUGUGCAGUUACGACACCACGCCUCACCGGUCACGCGAGAUUACGUGUGGCGUCCGGAAGCUGCGUCUCAGUGUGGACCCGGCGGGGGUGGAACUGGCCGUCUACUUCAUCCGGCGGUUCGCGGCGCUCGGCCGGCUCAGAGUCAUCUGUCUGGAUUGGGACACUUUUGAGCAUGCUUAUGAAGACGACAUGUGGCCCGCCGCCGCACCUGAAGCUGUCCGCCCCGGGCAGGCAGCUGAGCUAGCUGGCGCUGAAAUAACUCCAGCUCCCGGUCCCGGCCCAGGCGUAGGCGGACGGCGGCAAGAACCUGCACGCAGGCGACCCAACUCUGUAUGUCGUGGAGGCCUCGCGCCGCGCACUGAGAUGGCCGCUGCUGGGAGGGAGCUGGAGCGGAGCGCCUAGUGGCGGCGGGGUAGG